AUGGACACUGUGACACAUGACCUCCAAUCGCCUCAUCCAUGGUCACUCCUCUACGCCGACGAUGUCUUCUUGGCAAAUGAACAACGUGCAGACCUCCAAAAGCAAAUGCGGCAAUGGAAUGAACGGCUCGGUGAAUUUGGACUUCAACUGAACAUCAAGAAAACGGAAUAUAUGGAAUGUAGCCCCCAAAUCGAUGGAACCAUCAGCACUGGUGGAGAAGACUUGAAGAAAGUAGAGCAAUUCAAGUACCCUGGCUCCCUCAUAUGCAGCGAUGGCGAUAGCUUUUCGGAUGCCCGCACCCAUGUCCAUGCCACCUGGAAGAAGUGGUGCCAGGUGACUGGAGUCCUGUGUGAUCGUCGGAUGCUCCUACGCCUCAAGUCAAAGGUCUACAGAACGAUAGUGCACCCAGUCACCCUCUACGGGUUGGAGUGCUGGCCAGCAACAGCAAAGCACGAGCAGGCCCUGCAUGUGAUGGAAAUGCAAAUGCUCCGAUGGUGCCUUGGACUAAUGAGAUUCGACCACGCCAUGAACGAUGAUGGCCGACAACGACUGGGAGUCAUGCCAAUCGUGGCAAAACUACGUGAACGUCACCCCUAAAGAUAUGGACACGUCAUACGCAGCAAAGAAGACUCGGUGGCGAGGACAGCCAUGCGCCUGGACCCUGGUGGCUGGCAGCCCAGUGGUAGACCCAAGAAACGGUGGAUGGACUGCAUUAAAGAGGACAUGGAAUGUGUGAACGUCACCCCUAAAGAUGCCUUGGACCAAGCCAAAUGGAGACGGAUAUGCCGACAAGCGGACCCAGCCAUAGCGCGG